AUGGGGAGAUAUCUGGGCGGGGUGGCUGUGGCUGUCCAGUCCCGGCCCCUCCCUUCACCUCUGGCCCAGGACACUCCUCCCCUGGGAAUUUUGCCAGCUUCCAGGAAUGCUGGGGGCGUUCAGGGCAGCCUGCCCAGCCUGAUACUCACUGUCCUUGCAGAUGGGGUUGGCGAGGACCUGGCACGCAGCUGUGUAGUACCUGGAGUCAGCAGCACCUACCGAAGGAUCCCGGACGCUGUUCAAGGUUGCUCCCUGGACUCCUGGAAAGGGGAUGGCCAGCUGAGAGGUGUCAGGAGGCAGGAGCCACUUCUCAAACUGGCUUCUCGGGACUCUGGAGUGGAGAUGGUGGUUGGGGACAGCCCCCUGGCCACCUCACCAGGUCUUCCUCAGGACUCUCUGGACUUUGAGCCCACAGGGAGCCCUGAUCCCCGGGCCCUUGCUGCCAUGGAGCCUCCUGCCCACCUGAGCCGGCUCCUGGCCAACCGUAAGCUGGAGCAGGUGCUGGAGCGGUCCCGCCAGCUCCCGACUUCCCCUGUCGGCAUGUCACAACACCACUACUCCCUGAAGCCACCUAUCAAGCCUGAAUGUGAAAUGCCCCCUUUUGGAGCAGGGGAACAGGAGGCCACUGAGGCAGAAACUGACCUAGAGGCAGGUCUGGAAGGAGCAGAGGUGGUGGGGGGCCUGGGGCCUAAGGCCUGGGCCUGUCUCCCAGGGCAGGGUCUCCGCUAUCUGGAACACCUGUGCCUAGUGCUGGAGCAAAUGGCAAGGCUCCAGCAGCUCUACUUGCAGCUGCAGACCCAGAGGCCCCCAGGGGCGAGCGAGCUGCAGGUCGGGCAGGAUCCUGAAGCGGUGGAGGGGGAGUGGGGGGAGCAGCAGCAGCGGCCACCGCCACCAGCCCUGGACCCUUCGCCUCCACCUUCUUGUGCCCCAGGCGGUGAGGUACAGGAACUGCUCAGCCAGACCCAGGAGACAGGGGCCAACACAGCUUCACCCCUAAAGGUAGGGGUUCCCGGUGCCAACCCUCCCAGGCUUUUAGAGGCUUCAGCAGAGCCAGCUCAUAUCUUUCCAUCCUCCCAGGGACACAAGCGGGAUCUCUCCCACUGGAACAAGGUCAAGGUCCUGCUCAACCGGAUCCGUUGGAGAAGCUCGAAACACUCUGAGUCCUCUGCCCCUCCUGAUGGCCCUGCCCCAAGGAUUGAGUCAAGAGGUGUCCCUGAAAGACCUCCAUUCCAGCCCCUCCGGAAGACCUUUAUGCCAUCAUUUGUGGUUAAGAAGCAACGAGCCAAAAACCUUUCUGUAUGCUGA